GGUGAAACCUCCAGACCUAAACUAUAGGAACUCUUGGAAGCUUUUUGGCAACAGUUUCUACAGUCAAAUAAGAUUGAUUUAUUUCAAACGGAUAAUUUUAAAGAAGUAGUAGUGAAAUUAACAAGAAUUUUAGAUUUUGUAACAGUUUGAAACAGUAACUAACCAUGUUGCAAAGUGUCACUGACUUUUUCUUUGGCUCCACUGAAACUGAGUCCACGACCCCUGUAGACCUUAAAACUAAGGAAUGUAAGGAGGGAUGGAUAAUCGUUGAUGUCAAUGAUGAAACCCAACAAGAACAACAAUCUACCGCCUCCUCUAAGUUAUCUGUUGUCAUGGAAACGGAUCAGCCAAUGUCCGAUACUCCAGAAGAGGACAGUAGCUGUCCUUCGGAAACGGAAACAGACUUUGGAGGUUCUCAAUCAACAUCUCCUGAAUCUCAUAGCCCAAGUAGUCGGGGACAUUUUAAAUAUCGUGCUAAAGUCAAUAAUAGUAGUGAAAGUUGGAUUGUGACCCCACCCCCAUGUUUCGCUGCCAAGAGAAAGGACUCAAUCGUUAGUGAGCAUCCAUUGGAAAAUCUAUUAAUAGAACAUCCUAGUAUGUCUGUAUAUAAUUCAAUCUGUGAUAGUACUGUUAGUGAAAUUUCUAUGGUUUCUUCUGUGUCUUCAGAAUCUAUGACGGAAGAAGAACCUGUUGCUAGUCGAACCCGUCAGCAAACUCAACAAGAGGAGACCCAACAAGUUGCCAAUAUUGCCCGUCGUCAUCAACACCAAUUAGUAGCUCCAUCAUCAGGUUUAAACGUUGCACUUGAUCGAGUGAAGGGUAUACGCCAGCAUCAACGUAGAACCACUCGAUCCUUCAAUAGAUCUCAUUUUGAACGUUCUAACAAAUCUCGGGAUUUCCAAUCCUGUGGCAAGAAACAACGCCAAAGAAAUAAGAAUUUAUGUAAAUCUGGUGCUUUAAAUGCUCGUUACGGACAAAGGUAAACAGAAUAUGUAACUAGUUUGAAAUAGUUUUAAAUAUUAUGUCCAUUUUAUUUGUUAAAGUUUACUUUUCCCAAAUACCCUUUUUACUGUAGAUUGGAAUAAAAAAUGGCCUUAUAACAUAGAUUAAAGAUUCAAAAUAAAUAAUAGGCAGUAAAUUUAUAUUUGAAAUUCAGUAGAAAAUGUUAAGUUAUCAUUGGACAUAAUGUUAAAACAAAAUACAAAAUUUGUAGUUCGAGUAAGCUUUUAUUAUUUAUUAAAAUAUUUUUUAUUAAAUUUAGAAUUCUAUUAUUGCAAUUUUUAUCGUCUAGCUUAAUCCAAUGUAGAAAACGAAUUUAAUAAACAAAUUAGUUACUUCUUCAAAACAAACAAUGUCAUAAAUUUUUUAAAGAAUUUAAUUAAUUACAAAAAUCGAAGAAUAAAUUCCUUAUUUUUACAUGAAAUUAUUAAUUUCUUGCAACGAUUAACGAGAGCUACCAUAAAAGUACAUGUUGCAGCUUGCAGUUAUCUGCUUAUAUUUGUUUUCAAAAUAAGUUAUUGAUAUGAAAUAGUUAAAUUUCUUUUAAAAUUUUGUUGUAACUUGUUAUUUAAAUGUCAAUUUUCUAUUAUAGUUGUUAUAUUUCUCUGUACUCAAUUUUCACAAAUUUGCAGGAAUAGAAAAAUAUAUAAAAAAAAAUGACAAAUUUUUGAAAAAAAUAUCAAAAAAAUGUUAUAUACCCCAUGGUUAUAGGUUUAACUUGUUUUACAAAUGUAUGUUACAUUUGUAUUUUGUAGUACAUAUUUUCCUUGCAGUUUUAAGAUGUAUAUUUUUAUCUUAUUUGACUUUUUUUCAUCACUGUCAUUAUUACAAAUUGUAAAACCCACUUUUGGAAAUUUUUGCAUGCAAAUAUGGCAUUUUCCAUAAAACAUGAGAUUAUGUGAAGAAUCUGUCUCUUGGAAAGUAAACUUCAAACAGAAAGCAUCAUUUAAAAAUGUCAAUGUUAAGAACACUCAAACUGAACAUUCAGGUGGGAGAUUUGUAUUUAACUUUUGUAUAUCAUUCAAUAUGAAAUAUAAAAUUGUGUAUAUAAUAAAUUUUUGAUCAAGAUAAGAUAUUUUGUAAAGUAAAAAGUGAUUAAGUUACAUCUAUUUAUUCCGUCCUGAUUUACUCAGCAGGUUAUUUCUAAAUAAAAUUGGAAUUUUAAGGCAAUGUUAAAAAUUAAAGUAUUAGAAAUUCAAUCAUAAUCAUAAUGGAAUAUUUUCAAGUUAUUUCAUUGGCCAAUAUUGUGAAUAAACCAAAAUCAACCAAUCAGAGGUUUGUUUUUAUUAACUGUAAAUGUCUUGCCAUUACGAUAUAUCAUGGUGCUGAAUGAUACGAAAAUAAAACAAAAUUAAUGAUCAUCAUUUUAUGACCUACUGUCGUCGAUAUCAUAUGAAAUAAAGAAUCAAUUAUGUUAAUGGAAGUAUAUUUUUAUGUGAUUUCCUCAAUUGAGCUAGUCGAGUCAAUCUGAGGGACGCAUGACACAUUUCAUACAUUUGGUUGAUUGUAUUUUCUUUCAUCUGUGAGUUAAUUUGUUGAUGAUAGGUCCACAAGAGUAUUUUGAAAGAUCUUUAUAUGAAUACUUGAAUGAAAUUAUUAUGCAUACUUAUCUACCUCUAUAUGAUAUGCUUUUUGAAAUAUGAACACAGAAUUAUGAGAAUUUUUAAUGGCUUGUGAAGUAACUCAUCAUGAAUUAUGAUAUUAUUUGCUAUCUGAUCUUUAUUAUUUUAACUUCCUCUACCUGUAUGUUUAGAUCUUAUUACAAGCAAAAACAUUAUGGUGUUAAAAAUUGAUUGUGUUAUUAUAUUUAUGGUUUGUGUUCAAUUGAAGUCCCACCAUUAUAGUGACCCAGUACGGUUCAUGCCCUUCAUUUAUAAUGAGCAACAUUUUAUAUUCAUAACAACCGCUUUUC